AAUAGAAGAAACAGCCUGCUGUAUGCCUUGUGUAUUGCGAGUGAAAAUACUGAAAAUGAAACCAGAUUUGUAUGUGUCAAAGCAUAUACGUUAGAUGGGGAAAUCACAGUCGAGGCAACCGACAUCUGAAGUGAAAGAUGGAAAUUAUGUUCGUUUCGCCUUAGUAGGGUCAAGUGGUUGUGGGAAGUCGGCUUUUGUCAACGCUGUUAGAGGGUAUAGUCAAAUUUUAAUUUUUGAGCAUGCCAGAGUCUCCAUGAGCUAGCGUUUCGUUAACUCUAAUCGCUCCAAGCAUCAUCGCUCAGUCAAACAAGACGAACUCGCAAGACUUUAGAGUUGAACGAGAGUUUGGCGAACGAGCGUUUCCACGAAUAUCAUGCAGUCGCUAUGUUACUGGAUCGGUCAAUUUUUGUGUCAUAUAACAUAGAUAUGGCUAUAUAUUUUGAUGGGUACGUGUAUACGCAAAUAACUUUACUGUGUAUCCACGUACCUUUUUCCACCAAAACACAUGGUUAGCUACACAAUAGGUAUGGCCACACUUUAACGUUUACAGGGAAGCAUGAAAUGUGAGUGUAUGACAUAAUUCGAUCAAACGAUAACAAGAGUUGCACUCACCCACUAUAAGUUUGUUAAAUAAGCUGAUGUUAGUUCAAGAUUGAAUUAGUCAUGAUCAUGGAAUAUACGUACUGUAGCUCUCUUUCUCUCUCUCUCUCUCUAUAUAUAUAUAUAUAUAUAUAUAUGUAUAUCGCACUGCCAGAGGAAUGUUCAUUAUUGUGCUGUUUCAGUUGUGGAAUGUUCUGGAUAAUAUGUAAGCAAAAAGGUAGCAACUCAAUAGUUUUUUAUAUACGAACAUUCAGGAACACACCGUUGGUUAUAUAAUAAAUAUAACCAGAGAGAUGUGAGGCAUGAUACAGCGAGCCUGAGCGCAAUUGUUAUACGGUCGAUUUCGCAUAACGUCUACCAAAAUAUUCGCAAGUUCGUUGCAAAUUUCAGAAGGUCAUGCUGAUAUUCUCAGGCCAUGUAAACAAAGCCUUAAUUUGAUUAGUCCUCUAUAAAUUGAAAAGAAGACUUUACAAACUGGUUUGAUGCACGUUUGAACUCCGCAACGAACAUGCGAACUUCGGUACUGUAUACUGCUAGUUAUAUGUAAAAUCGACUGCAAUAACCCCAGCAUUUGGAUAAUAUUGACCGUUAGUAUAAAUUCAGUAUUGAAAAUUGGCUUUCAAGCGUUCUGAUCAGAUUGGUUCCCUCAGCUGUAACUGUAUACUCUUAGUCUGUCUGAGACAAUAAUCAGACUGCUCUGAGCAGUAUAUCUAUCUAUAUCUAUCUAUCUAUAUCUAUCUAUAUAUACAGGGUGUAUAAAAAAAAGUAAGACAAUUUUGAAAUUGCUCUCAAUUCCACAAUUCUGUUCAUGAAAUGAAAUUUUUGCUAUAUAUGGAUUGCUUGAGUUCUUAAAUUGUAGAAAAUAUAAAAAAAUUUGAAAAUAGUAAAUUUUGCGAUCCAGGGGGGUGGUCAACUUUUGCUCCCCUAAAAGUGGCUUGCGCACGGAAAUGACAAACGGUAUUCUUUAUUUGAGUUCAUGUAUAUGAAAAGUUCGCUAUUUUUUGCAUUUAUGAUAAAAUUUCGGCAGGAUAUUACCGAGUACAAAUCCACCGAAAAACCUAUGAAAACGUCACAUUUUUCUCCGUUGGUGCUGUUCUUGCUUCAUUUUGAAUUCAUUUUUACUCCCAUGAGAGUUCCAUGGGAUUUCCAUGGAAUGUGUGCUUUCGAGUUGUUUGUGCUAAAACGCAUUUUCUUGUAUAAUACCCCGUACACUUUGAAAUGGCGAUGCCACAAUUUACCUAUCUUGGACUUAUUUUUAAUGUACCCUGGCAGAUCGUCUAUAUAAACCAGGAACAAGAGUGGCCUUAGAAUCGAACCUUGUGGGACACCAGAAUAAACUUAAAGACUUUCGGAAUAUAGUCCUUGCAGAGUAACUCGUUGGUGUCUUCCUGAGAGGUAACAUUUAAUCAAAGUAAUAAGUCGCCUGUUAUGCUGAAGAGAGGUAAUUUUCUGAUAAGAGAAGAGUGCGGCACUUUAUCAAAAGCUUUGCUAAAGUCCAAAUAGAUUAUGUCCGUAGUUCUUUACCUCUGCCAAGCCUUCAAUGGUAUCUUGAUAAAUCGCAAGAAGUUGAGUAACGGUAGAUCUUCCUUUCAAGAAGCCAUGUUGCAUGCAUACGAUACAAUUGGGGAGAUAUGUGGGCAAGACAGUGAUUGUGAACACACCUUUCCAACGUUUUUGAGAGGAGACUUAAUGGAGAAAUAGGUCUGUAAAUUGUUAACUAGUGAUGAGUUAACUAGUGAUAGUUACAAUACUGAAUUUAUACUAAAACAAUUAGUCACCUCAGGCUUUAUAAUCACAAGGCUAUGUUCACUUCGCAGAGUCCGUGAAUGUAGGCUGGUAAUCACCUCGCCUUCGGUGACUAAUUCUUAAUUAGCGUAGUUUCAGUAGCGACCAGAAUUAAUGCUGCAUGGGUUUGCAUGACGGAUAAUCCAAGUGAGCAUAUAUAUACUCUACGAUUAUCCACCAAACCUAGCAUUCUAGUUCAGCCAAGUAAGGUGCAAAUCACAUGUUUCAUGUUACACCGUAUCACAACCCGCACAGCCAAAAAUCUAGCCUAAACUCUAGCGAGUCAUUGACAAAACAUGUUCGGGCAACUUGAAAAAACAUUGUCAAAAAUAAUAAAAUACCAUAGCACAGAUAUACUUUAGAGGAUCCGUGGAUAUGCAGUCAAGUUCACUGUGCUAUGGUAUUUUAUAAUAAAUAGACGGUGCAAUAGGUUUUCAGUGAAAAUAUAAUGAAGACAUGGUGUCAUAUACAGCAACAUUGCUUAGGGGGCGGGCGUAUAUAUUUGGCUAUUUAUAGGAAUCUUGAAUAACAGUAUGCAUCGUUGAUUCGCCCAGUCAGUUAUAGACUUAUAGUCAGCGAACUGUAAUAACACUGGUUAUAAUACACAAAUAAUUAAUGUUCAUUAAUGCAAUGGUGAAAAAUUCAGUUAUAUAAUACGAACAUAAUAUAUGCUCAUUAGUGCAACGGUAAAACAAUUUCAUGAGGUGAAAGAUGGAAUUUUUGGAGACCGACCAUCCUAAAAGUUUAUUGCGCUUCAGGGUGGCCACGUCACAUAAGGGACCGGUAAUUAAAAAUGGGAGGGGGGGGAGGGGCGGUAGAUGAUAAAUACCAAAUAUUGAACAUUUUCUAGAGCCGUCCCAAUCGCAAGACCUUAAUUUUCAAGACAUCUUCACCUUCAUCUAGAAAAUUUAGCCCCCCCCCCAGCAUAUUAACAAUUGUCGGACUCCUUUGGUGAACUGCAUAUACGUAAUAAACUAUGAAAACUGCGAUUACAGGAACUAAAGAAGGUGAAAUAUUUUUGGGGAUACGAUAAAGGCGAGAGAUUGAAAAUCAGCAGGAAAAUAUUUAAAAAUUGGGGUCCCCCCUCGUCACAUAUUAUUCAGUUUGAGGCCGCCCCCAAUUCAGGGAAAUAUAGUCAGCCAAUUCUAUCUGAGGCAGUUUUAAAUAAAACGUUCAACAGGGGCGUAGGAAGAAUCAAAAGAUUGGGAGGCACCGGCUUCCAGGGGCACUUUCGGACAUUGAAAAAGGCACCUAAAAAUUUUUCUCAGAAAUGUUGGCGACGGGGGGGGGAUUUUCCCGUCAUACACACAGAAAUUGCACGUUUGCGGCCAAAUUUAUUUUAAAAACAUCGAAAUUUCCAAACAGAAAGGGCACCUUUGAUGUUAAUUUAGUAUUUGCAGCGACAUUAGCUUGAACAAAAAAGGAACUUUUCAUCACAAAAAAGGGCACUUUUAGUUCUUUGAAAAAAUCGGGGGUGGGGGGGUACGUGCCCUCUGCCCCCCCCCCCCAAUAAAAACGUAAAACGAUCAAUCUCGUUCCCGAGCUUGGGAUUUGUUUGGUUGAACGUUGAGAUGGUCAAAUUUUAUGCAAUACACAGUCUUGUAGUCCACGACAAUCAUGCAGUCUGUAAGUAUACAAUAAGUAGUAUAUUUUUACUUGUCUUGUGUAGCGUUGACGAUGAAGACGAACUUGCAGCGAGCGUUGACGUUGUUCAAACAGAGCAACAGCCCACCGAAUACACUUAUCCAUCAAAUCCACAAGUCAUUUUCUGGGAUCUACCCGGUUUUGGUACACCCAGCUAUCCUGAUGUUGAAACCUACUGGAGAAAACUUGAAUUGGAAAAGUUUGAUAUAUUUCUUAUCUUUAUUUCACUGCGAGUAACAGAACAUGAUCUCGCAGUAGUAAAGAAAGUUAAAUCUUUGAACAAAUCAUUCUUUCUCAUUCGUACCAAGAUUGAUGAAGAUGUCGAAUGCAUGAAGAGGAAACUGAAAAAUCGGUUCAAAGAAAAAAAGAUGCUGUUGGAAAUUAGAAAUUAUAUACUGAACCAGACAGGUCAUUUGUUAUGCGCUGAAAAAGACGUAUUCAUUAUCAGUAACUACGAGCCACGCAAGUGGGAGUUCUUUCCAUUAAUCGAAGCCAUAAUCAACACAAUGCCCGUUCCUGAAAUUGGUGAGUAUAGCAAACUCUUUAUAUGA